AUGGCACCCAAGGGUAAAGGCAAGGCUGGCGGCAAGGACUCGGGCGACAAGGGCUCCGGAAAGCUCAAGCCCGCCACCAGCAUCAACGUCCGCCACAUUCUCUGCGAAAAGCAUUCCAAGAAGGAGGAGGCUCUGGCCAAGCUGCGCGACGGUGCUAAGUUCGACGAUGUCGCCCGCGAGUUCUCUGAAGACAAGGCGAGGCAGGGUGGUUCCCUCGGCUGGAAGACGCGAGGAAGCCUCUUGGCCGACUUUGAGAAGGUCGCUUACGAACUCGAGCCUAGCACCACAGGCAAUCCCAAAUAUGGCGAGGUCAAGACUAGCGAGGGAUACCACAUCAUUAUGGUCGAGGGUCGGAAGUAG